AAUAAAAAAUUAAGUGGACAUGGUAAUUCAACGCAGCUGGAAAAUAUUAAGCGAUGCUGGAUCGUCUUCCGCUUCUUCUACGGAGGCUAAUAGAUCACCUGGUGGCAUGCAAUCAUCUUCGGAUGACUCCAACUGUUCCAACCAAACUACACACUCAAUGGUUACAAGCGUAGCGAGUCCUCCAGCAAUGAAAUUAGAAAGCCAAGCGACCCAACAAGCAGUACAACAAACAAUCGCGCCAACACUAGCAAGCGUUAAUAACGUCAAUACUAUAAAUAUGACAAGCAUCCUGUCGAAUGAUUCCACUAAAUAUGUGACCACACCUCAUAUGGCUGAAACAAUGUUACAAAGGUUGAGACAACGUUUAAGCUGUCCCGUGCAAGUAAGCGGCACAGGAGCAACUGCUGAAUCAGCUAUGCGCUCGCUCGAACUCUUACGUAUUAGUGUGCAACAAUCUUUUGACCAUGAAAUAGAUGUCAUUAUUAAACAUUAUAUGGAGACAUACUUUAAACCCGCAUUCAAGAACAUAAAGGAGAAUUUAGGACAAAACGUAGUCUCUGAAGAGAUUCUUCAAAAGAUGUCUUGUGCAUUACUGGAGAACGCUAAAGCACAAUAUAAUCCAUAUCGCACUUUGAAGCAGCCGCUGGCUUGUGUUUCUGUUAGUACCAAAAAUAUUACACCACAAUAUCCUGUUGGUGAGACAACCAGUUUGCGUUUCGCAGUCAGGCGUCCACCACCUAAACAUGUGGAAUUUACUGAAUUACCCGCCAAAAAACUGCUAACAGUCGCCACACAACAACAGCUACAGACAAUCAAUCCAAGUGCUGCCUCUAAUAUACCAGAGGGUACGGGAAAUGUAAAAACGCUUCUUAACACAUCGUCAAAUCAACAGAGGCAAAUACAGACAUCGGGCUCAUUAACUGUUGCACCUGCACCUGUGCGUAGACAAAUUUUCUGGAAUACAGCACAUAUCUCAGUAACAACUAAAUUUGUGUUAGAUGUACAGGCUAACCAAGCUUUUGGUUUUGGCACGGAUGGGAAAGAGCGUUUGGCCAGCAAACACCCAGAAUUAAUACGCUACUUGCCCGAUAAUGAAGAUCGCGAUUGGUUAAGUGCACAAAAUGUUAUAGCGGCGCAAAAUCGUAAUUCACGCUUUCUAUUUUUAAUAUACGAAGAAGUGUGCAAACUAAAACAAACUCAUGAGCUAUAUCGGACCAAAUCUAAUAUUGAUAUCAGUAUAAUGAAUACAUUUACGGUACCCGAAUUUAUGAUACAAAAGAUGAAGCUGUUCUUCGUAGACCUAAACAUAAAGAGCCGAGGUUUGAUUACCAACUCCUUUUCGGUUGGUGCCGGCACACAAGGCAAUAGUCACUUACGAAAUGCUCUGCUACAAGGUAUUGCCGCACAGAAUAACAAUAGUGGCGGUAACAGUGCUACUUGUAUUAAAACAAUGAGCUCAAUCAACACAGUAAGCACAGCUUCACCGAUUAACACUUUUCUCAACAAAAGCAAUAAAAAUAAUGUCAAUGUUGGUAGCAGCAAUAUAGCCACCAGCUCCAGCGAUGCAAAUCCACUUGCAAAGCCCAGCACGUUAAGCUCUUCGCAUGCAACACUCACAGCUUUGCUCAAUAACUCAUCUAAUCCACCUUCCCAAGACAAAAAUGUCAUAGCUAAUAUACGCAAAUAAAUACCAGAUCUGUUUACAAUAGUAUUGUAAUUAUACUGACCACAAUUCUGAAGUACAUACAUACAUAUAAUAUUAAUGUAAUAAAUAGUGUGUUAAAAAACAGUU